GGACACCACGUUGGCUGGAGUUGGUGAUCCUAGGGUUCGGCUAGGGUUAGCUUUCCUUUUGUAUAUGAGCAGCCGAGUGAGGUGUGAGGGAAAACAACAAAUACACGAUCAAUAAUAUCAGUAGCUAGAAGAGUGUUCAGAGCUCUUCCGUGGAUUAGUCCUGGAUCAUCCAGGGAUACCACGUAAAUCCGGUGUCAGUUAUUUCAUUGUCAUUUCCGAUUGUUCAACAUGGUAUCAGAGCUUCCGCCACUGAAUUCCGAUCGUCCCUCUGUCCGUCUGACAUCAACAAAUUUCGCGUUAUGGGAGUUUCAAUUCCGAGUGUUCGUGGAAGGUCAUGGUUUGCUGGGUAUUCUUGACGGGACUGUUCCGCAACCGCGACCAACCCUUCCCGCGUCUGAGAUCGAGCAAUGGAACCAGCGAGAUGCUCGAGUUCGUCACUGGCUGCUCGGAUCAGUCGAUCCCUCCACUUGUUUAAGUCUUUGACCGUUUGCCACCGCGCAUCAGAUGAUGCAGCGACUGAAAGCUACUUACUCUACCGUGAACGUUGCUCGGCAGUUCGAGCUGCAAACUGCACUGGCGCGCCUUGAGCAAGGCGACUUGUCCAUCACCGAGUACUUCAACUCAGCCCAGGAAUUGUGGACUGAACAUGAUAUCAUUCAGGCCACGAUUCGACCUCAAGCUGUCACCACGGAUGCCCUGGCCGAGAGACAACAAACUCGGCUGUUCCAGUUCUUGAUGAGAUUGCGGCCCGAGUAUGAAGCUGUGCGCACAACAUUGCUUAAUCAGGCAGAAUUGCAAUUUGAUGGUAUGCUGGGGGUUUUGGUUCGUGAGGAAACGCGGCUACGAACUCAAGCCCAGCUUGAUGUGCGACCGGGAGCAGGGGAGUCAGUUUUUUCGGCUUCUCAAUCCACCGCCUAUGCUGCCGAUCGCCUUCAGUUUCAACGUCGCACUCCGAUCUCUGAACUAGAGUGUCACCAUUGCCACGAACGUGGCCACCUGAAGAAACACUGCCGUGGAUGGAACUUUUGCGUUUAUUGCAAAAGAACCGGUCAUAUUGUCUUGGAUUGCCGAACUCGGCAGCGCCAUGAAGCGCGCGCACAAGGAGGAAUUAUGGCUGCCUUUUCCCAGCGGCCUGCAUCCGCAUCAGGAACCUUUUCGGGAUCUUCUUCUCGGAUUUAUGAUCGCCAAGCAGCUCCUGCUGUGGACCGUCCGCACCGAGCAGCAUAUGUGGCCGAAGCGAGCAGCAGUGGUGGCGGUGGUGGUCUGUCCGCCCAAGACAUUGAGCACAUGGUAAACGCUGCACUCCAAAGGUCACUGCCGACAGCCAUAAAUGCUGCUUUUGCAACCCUUCAUGGUAACUCAGGUAAGCUGUCUCCUUGGAUCCUUGAUUCCGGUUGUUUCAACCAUAUGACUCGUGAUUCUAGUUGUUUAACGAACGUGCUACCGGUUAAUGAUCUGUCUUUGCGGGUAGCAAAUGGAAAUCAGUUACAAGUUAGUGGUAUGGGUAUGAUGCAUGAUUCUCACCUUGAUUUACCACAUACUCUUCAUGUACCACAACUUGUUCCUAACUUAGUUUCUGUGGGACAACUUACCAAAGCUGGCUGUUCUGUUUUGUUUGCACCAUCCGGUUGUGUUAUCCAGGACCUGAAGACGGGGAGGCAGAUCGGCAGAGGGAGUAAACGGGGGAGGAUCUUUCACUUAGAAGAACUUGGAAAAUCUUCAUCAUCAUUAUCUAUCAGUAAUCAUCGUGAUAGGUCUGUCAGUAGUCCUGCAUCUUUUCCUACAUGUUUUUCGAGUCAGUCUAGUGAUGUUUGGGAUCUUUGGCACAAUCGUUUAGGACACCCUCAUUCGAGUCGUUUGGCUGUGAUGUUUAGGCAGUCUUUGCUUGGUAAAAAUAAUGCUUGUACCUCUGCGAAACAUUCUUGCACGAGCUGUGUCGAAGCAAAAACCAGUAGUCGGUCAUUUCCUUCUAGUACCACUGUGAUUGAUCAACCAUUUCAUGUUAUUCAUACUGAUCUGUGGGGACCUUCAUCUGUUCUUUCUCGACAUGGCUUUCGUUAUUUUGCCUUGUUUAUUGAUCAUGCUACUCGUUUCACUUGGGUGUAUUUCCUGCGUCAAAAAUCAGAACUUCGAUCGGUCGCUACUGAAUUUCUAAAAAUGAUACAUACUCAAUUUGAUAGACCAGUGAAAAUUGUGCGUUCUGAUCCUGGUGGGGAAUUUAGUUCCUCUCCAUUGUAUGAAGUGUAUCGUUCUCUAGGCAUUCUGACUCAGAAAUCUUGUCCCGGUGUUUCUCAACAAAAUGGUCUGGUUGAACGCAAAAAUCGUCAUGUCCUCGAUCUUACUCGUGCUCUUCUUCUUGCCUCGAAUGUCCCUAGUCGGUUUUGGCCUGAGGCAGUAGCCACUGCGGUUCGUCUUAUCAAUUAUCAAGUUACCCCGGUUUUGAAAAACACCAGUCCUUACUUUGCCUUGUACUCAAAACAUCCUGACUACACUAGUCUUCGUGUUUUUGGCUCGCUUUGCUUUGUUCUUCUUCCGCGGCGAGAGCGUACUAAACUGUCUUCUAAAACUGCUAGGUGUGUCUUUCUUGGGUAUAGUGAUGUGCAUAAAGGCUAUUUAUGUUUUGAUCCUCAAUCUCAGCGUAUGCGCAUUGCUACCACCGUUGUUUUCUUUGAACAUAUCAUGUACUACACCGAUGCUUCUUCCUCGCCUAGUUUUCUGCCGUCUACUUUAUCCUUACCUGGUUUCAGUCAUGAUGAUAUUGAUGGUGUUGAUUUCUUUCCACCGACUCCCCCCGACACUCCUGACUCCAAUUUGUCUUCCCCGGGCGGCUCUUCGUCUAGUUCUACAUCAUCACCGCCGCCCCAUCUCACGUCCAGCUCUACUGCUUCUGCGUCUCCAUCUUCGCCGGUCUCUGCUUCUCCAUCCAGUUCAUCCUCUGCAGCGCCAACUACAUCUCAUGGCUUGUCUACAUCACCAGCUCCUUUACCUCGUCAUUCCACCCGUUCCACAAGAGGUAUUCCCCCACCUAAAUUUAACGACUAUGUUGCUCAUGGGGUGGAUGCUUUCCUUGUCCCAACUCGCUACAAGCAAGCUCAAGGAGAUCCGGUUUGGGAUUAUGCGAUGAAGAAAGAGUUGGAUGCCUUACAUGCCAACAAUACCUGGACCUUAGUUCCGCGACCUCCUCCUUCUACCUCUGUUGUUGGCUGCCGUUGGGUGUACACAAUUAAAAUGAAUCCUGAUGGUACGAUUGAGCGCCAUAAGGCUCGCUUGGUUGCUCAGGGGUUUACACAGGAAAUAGGGAUUGACUACAGUGAAACAUUUGCCCCGGUGGCCAAGAUGUCUACUGUUCGCACUUUAUUGGCUGUUGCUUCUCUGCAGAAUUGGCCUCUGUAUCAGUUGGACGUGAAGAAUGCCUUCCUUCAUGGUGAUUUAGAUGAGGUCAUCUAUAUGGAGCGUCCUCCUGGGUAUACUCUUGGUACUGCUGAUCAGGUUUGCCGCCUUAAUCGGUCUUUAUAUGGUCUUAAACAGGCACCUCGUGCCUGGUUCGAGAAAUUUCAGGCUACUAUCACUGCACUUGGUUAUCAGCAGAGUUUGAAUGAUCCAUCCCUUUUCACCAAGAAAACCUCGUCCGGUCUGGUUGCUUUGCUGCUUUAUGUUGAUGAUAUGGUUAUCACUGGGUCCGAUCCUGCCGGUAUUCAGAGUUUGAAGGAUGGUCUUAGUGCGGCAUUUAAUCUUAAAGACCUCGGUGAUCUGUCUUAUUUCCUUGGUCUUGAGGUUACUCGUAAUGCCAAGGGGCUUCUCUUGAGUCAGCGGAAAUAUAUAUCCGAUCUGCUGUCUGAUCAUCAGUUUCAUGACUGCAAGCCUGUUUCUACACCGAUGGAACCUAAUCUUCAUCUCAGUCGUUCUUCUGGUUCUCCUCUUCCGGAUGCCACUGCUUAUCGGAGUAUUGUUGGGAGUCUGAUAUAUCUUGCUGCGACUCGCCCCGACCUUUCUUAUCCUGUGCAAGUUGUCAGUCAAUUCAUGGCAUCUCCCUGCACUGAUCAUUUAGCAGCCGUUCAUCGUAUCCUUCGAUAUCUUCAGGGCACUCGAGAUGUCGGCAUGUUUUUUCCUUCCUCCGGUGCAUUGGCCCUUCGUGCGUACUCCGACUCCGACUUUGCGGGCUGUGUCGAUACUCGACGAUCUACUACUGGCUGGGCUGUACAAUUUGGUUCUGCUUUUAUCUCCUGGCGAUGUAAGAAGCAAGACAAGGUAUCUAAGUCAUCCACCGAGGCGGAAUACAGGGCCAUGUCUGAUGUCGCUUCUGAACUUGUUUGGUUACGUCGUCUCCUCGGUGAUCUAGGAGUACUCUGUUCUCUUCCUAUGGAUCUGUUUGUGGAUAACACCAGCGCUAUCCGGAUUGCCGUCAAUCCUGUUCUACAUGAUCGCACCAAGCACAUCGAAAUUCAUGUUCACUACAUACGCGAUCUUGUUGGGGAUGGUACCAUUACUCUUCACUAUGUCCGCACGGAAGAUCAGAUUGCUGAUGUUUUCACAAAGGCAUUCUCCACCAGUCGUCAUUGGUAUCUCUCGAGCAAAUUGAUGCUUUGUGACCAGCAUCAAUUUGGGGAGGCUGUUAGCAGGUGUUAAUUAAUGGGUUAAUUAUUGUUGGGUUAGAGGUUAAUUGUUUGUAGUUAUUAGGCCCAAUGAUGUUGCCCAUUUACGUUAGCCCAUGUAACCUAUGCAUGGACACCACGUUGGCUGGAGUUGGUGAUCCUAGGGUUCGGCUAGGGUUAGCUUUCCUUUUGUAUAUGAGCAGCCGAGUGAGGUGUGAGGGAAAACAACAAAUACACGAUCAAUAAUAUCAGUAGCUAGAAGAGUGUUCAGAGCUCUUCCGUGGAUUAGUCCUGGAUCAUCCAGGGAUACCACGUAAAUCCGGUGUCAGUUAUUUCAUUGUCAUUUCCGAUUGUUCAACAAAAUCAUAUUUUAUUUUUCCCGUCUGAAUAUUGAUAAUAUCACAUGCACUAAUUUUGCCCAAGUAUUGAACGUAUUUUUUCAAUCAACAUGCAACUCUAAA